UUUUCCCACAAGCCAUGGUGUCAUUUUUCUCUUCCGCCCUCUUUUUUUGUGUUUGUUUCUCUUCACCUUCCUUCUUGUUCCUCUUCCUCUGCUGCGCUGCAGAAGCGAGCAUCUGCUUGUAAAUGUACAUUAACCUACUUUACUGGUAGAGCAGUGAGCACGCGCGAGCUUCUCAACUUGCUUGGAUUUCUUUUCUUCAGAAAUCUGAGCAGAAAUGUUACAGUCAAAAAUCCUCCUUUGGAUCACCUUUGAUUUUUGUGUAACCAUAGGAGCUUGUGUUGAUUUGUUGGGAAAAAGUGGCAGCGAUGUAAUAAUGAACUGUACUGGUGCGGGGGACAAUAUUGAGUGGAAACUCGACAACAGCCUGCUGAUAGGCAAGGGCAGAACAGGAGUACAGCGCAAAGGAAAAUUAGACACUUCUUCGAGGUCACGGAUUGAUAAUAACAAAUUGAAAAUCUCCUCGCUGAAGCACUCCGACUCUGGAGUGUACACGUGUGGAUCGUCUACGUACACGCUGUCUGUGGUGUCAGCCCAAGCGAACCCUUCUGUAGUGCUGCACUCCAAAGAAACAACGCUGAGCUGUGACAUCGCUGGAGGCUUUAAAGGAACAAUUGAGUGGUUAUCACCAAACUCUGUGAUAACUCAGAGUAAGGAUGUGACUAUCAAGGCUGUGACCUCAGAUGAUGAGGGAACCUGGACAUGUCAAAUAAAUGAUAAAGGGAAGAAACUGGAAAGCAUAAGCGUGAUCAUCACUGUUGUUGGUCCUCUGAAUACCUCAAAAGAGGUUAAGACUUCUGAAGGGGCCAGUGCAGAGCUCACGUGUCUUCUACCCGCCCCAAGCAAACUGCCUAUAACAGGAGGCUUUUGGGCAUAUAACUCCAUCUCUGGCAUUCGCAUCUCAACGUUAAUUAACUCACAGAACACUAUCAAGUGGAACACCACUGAUGUCGGUUCUAAGAGAGUCAAAUUAAGUAACAGUGAGCUGAAAACAGACUUUAGUGUGACACUGGAAAAGGUGAAGCAGGAGGAUGCCGGUAUGUACACGUGCAAUCUGGAGUUUGAAGGUGGAAGAUCAAUGAGUGCUAAUUUGAUGUUGACGGUUUCAAAAAAGAAUGAUGUUUAUGAUAUAAACUCUGAAGGUUCUAAAGAAACGAAAGGCAGCAUGUGGGACAAACAUGUGGGGGGCUUGCAGUUAUGGGUCUGGGUUGCCGUGGUAGCAUCUUCUGUCGUCCUGAUUGGCCUUGUUGUCAUCAUUGUACUGAUUCACCGCAGGAACAAACGGAUGAAGAUGAAGGUGAAGAAACUGAGGUCUAUGCGGCAACCUCUCACAUCCAGGAAUUACUGCAAGUGUGAGAGGACUGUGAGGCAGCCUGGUACAGGUAAAAAGGAGCGGCCUCCUCCUCUUCCCAGGAAUCAGUACACCUCUUUAAAUGAAUAAAGGAAUAAUGGGUCAGAGUGUCAAGGCGUGGCUCCGAUAAUACAGGAGAUAAUAUAGUAGCGUUUCAGAUCCACCAGGAGAAUCCUGACCAUCGCUUGAUGUAUUGUGGAAACAUUUUAAUCACCUAUAAUAAGCAUGCUCUUUGUAAAUAAGAUCUUUUCAUGAAAAUGUUUUUUUUUAUCAAAUUGCGUAAAUAGAGGAAUUUUAUGUGUGCUGAGUGUUCUGUAUGUUCAAGAGUUUCUUUCUUCCAGCUUGAUUAAAUAUUGAAAUAAAACCUGUGUGUAAGCAUGUGUGCGCA